AUGAGUGAAGAAAUUCUUAGAGAAACGGCAGAAUUACGAGAAAUGAUAGUUGUGCGAAAAAAUGGUGGAAGAAGACAGUUAGAAGAAGCCGUAGAAGAAGCUGGAAAAACACCUUUCGCAAGGCACGUACAAACUGCAAUAAUACCUUCUAAGUGUACUUUACCUACAUUUACUCAUAUUUUUGAUGGAACUACGUGUGCAAUACAACACGUAAAAGCUUAUAACCAAUCUUUACUGCAAUGGGAAGGGAAUGAUACAGUAUUGUGUAAAUAUUUCCCAGCCAGCUUAAUUGGAAAAGCAUUGCAAUGGUUUGAGGGGUUGCCUGUGGGAACUAUAAGAUCUUUUCAUCAUCUACAAAACAUAUUUUUGGGGAAAUAUAUCAGCAAUAACAUGUCAAGACCAGGAAUUGAAACAGCAUUUGGGCUUCGCAGAAGGAUUAAUGAGAGUCUGCGACAUUUAACAACACGUUGGAGAACUAUGUGUAGUGAAAUGGGAAGAAGAGUAGAUGAACGAAAUAUUAUAUUGUCUUUUAUCAAUGCUCUUUUCCCUACAGACUUAUUGUACACACAAAUCUUCAGGAUAAAAGAUACCAUAAUUAUGUCAGAAUUGCAUGAAUUUCAAGAAGAAUAUAUAGCUUUAGAAGAAAAGAAAAGAGAUAUGGAAUCUUAUCCAGUUGCGAUGAACCAUGCGAGUGGGAAUGCGAGUUUACUUCCAAGAAUAACAAAUGCAGUUGCGAGUACAUCUCAAGGAAGUCAGUGA